GAUGUCCUACGUGAAUUAUAGGCACCAAUGCGUGACUUCUUGUUCAUACUUACUCUCCUGUCUAUGUAAUUUACUCAGAUCCAUCAUGUUUUCGAAACUCUCCCCUCUUCUCAUGGACUUUCUAAAGAAGUAUGUCAUCACCAGCAUAUCAACUAACCAACAUGCCUAAACUAAACUAUGCUACGAGCGGCAGCAUCAACGAUGCAAUCUAUCAGCUUGCACGUGUAGCUAAUGGCCUAAACAACCUUUCACUCCUCAGAGUUGACUUCUUGGAAAAAAAUAUAGACCGUGAGCUCGGAAAGCGAUCGUCAGACUUGAACAACGCCUUCGAGAAAGUCAGCACUACUAUUCAGUCCCUUCAAGGGAAUAUCGAUCAUACCAGUCAAGCCCAACAAACCAAGGAUAGGAUGAUUGACUGUCUCAAUCUUCUCCAAGCUCAAGUUCAAACUAUGUAUACCGACCAGGGUGGAUUUUGGGCCGGAUUUAUUGAAUGUCUCAAAUACCAAGUCGCGGAUAUCAGGAGAGAUCAACAUGAGAUUCGCGAUGUCCUUCAUAUGAUACGCACAGAUGCUCAAAUAUUACAUGAGCUUACGGACAUUUCUGAAUUCCCCCAGUUUAAGAGGCUUCCACCAGAAAUUCGAGCCAUGAUAUGGGACUUCGCCAUUCCUAGCCGAAUACUCGGUCUUACGAAGGGUUGCUCUGUGUAUUAUUUCGAACCAGGAUUAUCUCCUCCCUCGGUUGCUCAUGUCUGUCACGAAGCUCGAUCAAUCGCUUUCCGUCGCGGUAGACUUGUGAGCAUUAGGAACUCUAGGGAGUGUCCACAUAUAGAUCCGAUGUACGAACCAGAUAUACCUAGGCCCGCAUGGUCAUGGUAUGAUCCGAGCCGGGAUUAUCUCCGUCUGCGUACUCAAACUCCAGUGUGGUCACCAAAUGCCACUAUAUUGGAAAUUACGGAGUGUACCCAAUUUGUCAUAAGUGGUGUUAACUCGGAUCAUACACACUGUUAUCAGCUCCUGUCUUACCUUUCUAACCCACAUUACUUUCCGCAGUUGAAAGUCGUUGACUUUGUAUCGGAUACCUAUAAGCAUUGGAGGCUUGAUGAUCACAUUAUCGAGGCUCGACUAUUUAGCCUGGAUCGCCGGAACUCUCUUUCCCUUGUUGUUGACGAUGAGGUUGCUAAAAUGGCUCUAAUUCAUCGAAUCACAAAGAAUCACUCUUCAGUAGAAGCUAAGCAGUUAGUAAGCUGGUUAGAAGAGGACACAGAUAAGCUAUGGAGCGAUCCUCGCAGUACUGAUCGUGUCCGUAACUUGAAGUGGCCUCACUUCUUGGAUCACCUACAUAGGGAAUGGAUUCUUGCUAAAUCACGCUGGUAUUCAUCAGGUGAUGGAGAUCAUGAUAUAUCAGAGGCUCAGGCAAUGCCAAUGUCGAAGAGCUUGCCUAUAUUCCGACGCGUAAAGUUGAUCGAACGAAUAGUUAAACAGGCAUCUGUUGAGCUUCUCCUGCCUGAUUCGAAAAUUUGGUCGGAUUGAUCGAAAGGAUAGUUAGUAAGGACUUAGAGUUCUACUAAUACCUAGGCGUGAUAUUAUCUGGUCGUAUUUCUCAUAUCUUUCCUUGCGUUUGGAUUUAUGACACGUUGGCGGAAAUCGGCUCGAGCAGCAUCGCUGGACUACACUCACUUGCCGAAUACUUGAUGAACAGCUUGAAUAGACAGAAAAAACCAAAUUGGCAUUUUGAGAUCCCAUAAUCGUCGUGAUAUGAGACUAGAAUAAUAUUUUUCGCAAGCAAGCCGAUGUAUUGGCUAAUUAUUACUCUUGGAUGGGCAGAUUAUGUCUAGA